AUACCAUUUGCCGUUACUGUGUGUAUCCUUUGGCCAGGAGCACCCACACACUCCUUAAAGCAUCAGUUUGGAUGUGAGAAACAAAAUCAGGCAAGAAAUAAAAAAAAAGUAAGAAAGAAAAUACUGGAGUUGUAUUUUUCUAGGUAAAUCCCUAUUUAAACCACUCAGAUCUUUGGGGUUUGUACGUGUGCAAAACUCUCCAGCCUCCAGGAAAGAAGAGCCAAAGUGUUUGGAAGUGAAAAGCAAAAUCUUGGCAGGAAAUUGAAGGAUUAAAGACGACAAAGGUGUCCGUCACUCUGAGAGGAAGUGGGAGCCGCAUAAUUGGAAGUGAAAGGCAGGACAUACUCAUUAAUUAAUUGUUAUCCCCCGUUAUAAAUAGGACUUUGGCAGCGGGGGAGUGCCUGGCCCCGGGUCAGCUCUGUCCUGCCGGGAAUAGCACCUAAUCCCAGCGUCCUGCUCCCGGGAUUAGCGGGGCCGGGCUGGUCCCGGAGCACCAGCCUUGUCCAUCCCCAAUUUCCAGGAGCAGCUCAGUGAAACCGAGUCACGUCCUUUGUCUUUGGGGACCCCAGGGGGAGCCUCGGGUGUGCCGAGCCUUCCUGGGAGCUUGGGGUGGGUCUGCGACGAUCUGGGGGUGUUUGAGGUGGUUUGGGUAGACCUGGAGGGGGUUUGUGUGUGUUUAGGAUGGGCUUAGGUUUGUUUUAGGGUGCAUUUAGCGCGGGUUGGAGCGGGCUCGUGUUGUUUUAAGGUAGGUUUGGGUGGGUUUAACUGUGGGGUGAGUGCGGUUGGGCUCAGUGUCAAACUGCUCCGCCCUCCCGAGCCAUUUCCACUGCUCGGGUCCCCUCGGGAGGGGAAGGACGGGCCGGGGCGGCGGGACCCCGGGGGCGCGGCUGGCGGGGCCGCUCCCGCUGCCGGACUACAGCUCCCAGCAGGCGGCGGGGCCGGACGGGGCGGGGCCGAAGCCGGGCCGAAGAGAGGCCGAAGCGGGCCGAAGAGAGACCGAAGCGGGCCGAAGCCGGACCGAAGUCGGGCCGAAGCUGGCCGAAGCGGGUGAGGGGCAGCCCGGUAGAGGAGCAUCCCCGCCAAGAUGAACGCGGUGCUGGCGGUCCGGCAGUACGUGUCCAAGAUGAUCGAGGACAGCGGCCCCGGCAUGAAGGUGCUGCUGAUGGACCGGGAGACGACCGGCGCCGUGAGCGUGGUGUACACCCAGUCCGAGAUCCUGCAGCGCGAGGUUUAUCUCUUCGAGCGCCUGGACUCGCCCAACAGGGAGCCCAUGAAGCACCUCAAGGCCAUCUGCUUCCUGCGGCCCACCAAGGAGAACGUGGAGCUCCUGGUGCAGGAGCUGCGAAGGCCCAAGUACAGCAUCUACUUCAUCUAUUUCAGCAACGUCAUCAGCAAGAGCGAUGUGAAGGCCUUGGCUGAGGCCGAUGAGCAGGAGGUCGUGGCUGAAGUCCAGGAGUUCUAUGGCGACUACAUUGCGGUGAACCCACACGUCUUCUCCCUGAACCUCCUGGGCUGCUGUCGGGGCCGCAGCUGGGACCCGGCUCAGCUCACCAGGACAACCCAAGGGCUCACUGCUCUGCUCCUGUCCCUGAAGAAGUGCCCCAUGAUCCGCUACCAGCUCUCCUCAGAGCCAGCAAAGCGCUUGGCCGAGUGUGUGAAGCAAGUGAUCACGAAGGAGUACGAGCUGUUUGAUUUCCGGCGCACCGAGGUCCCUCCCCUGCUCCUCAUCCUGGACCGGUCGGACGAUGCCAUCACCCCACUCCUGAACCAGUGGACGUACCAGGCCAUGGUGCACGAGCUGCUGGGGAUCAACAACAACCGCAUCGACCUGUCCCGGGUGCCGGGGAUCAGCAAGGACCUGCGGGAGGUCGUCCUGUCAGCUGAGAACGAUGAGUUCUACGCCAACAACAUGUACCUGAACUUCGCUGAGAUUGGCACCAACAUCAAGAACCUGAUGGAGGAUUUCCAGAAGAGGAAGCCAAAGGAGCAGCAGAAGCUGGAGUCCAUAGCGGAUAUGAAGGCCUUUGUGGAGAACUACCCUCAGUUCAAGAAGAUGUCAGGCACAGUGUCCAAGCACGUGACAGUGGUGGGGGAGCUGUCCCGGCUCGUGGCGGAGCGGAACCUGCUGGAGGUGUCAGAGGUGGAGCAGGAGCUGGCCUGCCAGAAUGACCAUUCCAGUGCCCUCCAGAGCGUGCGGCGGCUGCUGCAGAGCCCGCGGGUGUCGGAGCUGGACGCGGCACGGCUGGUGAUGCUCUACGCGCUGCGCUACGAGCGCCACGCCAGCAGCGGCCUCCCGGCACUGCUGGAGGAGCUGCGCGGCCGCGGCGGCACCGACAGGUACCGCAAGCUGGUGUCCGCCGUGGUGGAGUAUGGAGGGAAGCGUGUCCGAGGCAGUGACCUGUUCAGCCCCAAGGAUGCCGUGGCCAUCACCAAGCAGUUCCUCAAAGGCCUGAAGGGCAUCGAGAACGUGUACACCCAGCACCAGCCCCUGCUCCAGGAAACCCUGGACCAGCUCAUCAAGGGAAAGCUCAAGGACAGCCAAUAUCCCUACCUGGGCCCCAACACGCUCCGGGACAGGCCUCAGGACAUUAUCGUGUUCCUCAUCGGAGGGGCCACCUACGAGGAGGCUCUGGCUGUGUUCAACCUGAACCGCUCCAACCCCGGCGUCCGCAUCGUCCUGGGUGGCACCACCAUCCACAACACCAGGAGCUUCCUGGAGGAGGUCACAGCCGCAGGAUUCCGCGGUCGAAGCACUGACAGCUCCCAAGUCCCACCAAGGUCCAGCAGCCGACGGUGAAUCCUGAAGGAAUGAGUACUUUUUUGAACAUUCAGAGCUUUCCCAGAGCAGAGCAGGAUGUUCCUGCCCUGCAGCUGGAGCUUCCCCUCCACACCCAGAAUGGCAGCGAACGCUGGAGCUGGCACUAGCCCAACGGCAAGGAUGUGCCCCCACUGCUGCUCCUCAUUGUCCCCUCACAAACAGCUCCAGGACUGGGAUGGUCCCCUCACAAACAGCUCCAGGACCUGAGGAGAGCCUGGGAAAGCCCUUGAAUCCCUGCAGCUCCUGGCUCUUUAUGGGACGCACGGGAUGAGUCCCAUGAGGAGCCCAGUGAUGCUGCCCCAUGCUGGGGGAGCAGCUGUGGGGGUGUGGCUGGUGGGCACAGGAGCCCUUUGCUCUGUUGUCUGUAUAUGUUGAACCCUAUUAAAUCCCCCACUUUGCCCGA